UAAUAUCCUAUGAUAUCCCAGGAAGGAUGAGGAUGAGGAUGUAUCUGGUGAAGAAUAUGCACCUUGGGAUGAUCUGGGAAAAACUCCUCCCAGGACCUUUAUGGCAAGGCAUCGUAAAUGGAACACGGAUAAGAAGAAUAAUAGAGAGCUGGACAGGAAGGUGACGAGGGGUUGGAUACGCAGGGAUGGUGGGAGGAGUAGAGGAGGAGAGGUUAAAGAGUCCCCUAAGGCUAGGACGAGAAAAUUGAAGGAGGACAGUGUACAGAAAAGAAGCAGCUACAGGGAUAUACUUAGAGAAGAAGAGAGAGAAGAGGAGCAAAAUGGUGGUGUUCGUGGUAGAAGAGAGGAAGAAAGGGAGGAAGAAGAUGAACUAGGCCGAACCAGAUCUAGUACGAUGUCCCUUGGACCUUCAGGGUCCAGUCUCUACCCGGCACUCAGGCAUGCUGACAGCCUUCCUCUAGGAUACCGUGUAAAGACGACCUCUAGGUUUAUGUCCCUAAGCUCCCGUCCUGUCCCUGUUAUAGCGCACUCACAGUCCCUCGCUAGUAGUGGGACACAGACCCCCAGGAAACGAUCGGUUUGUGACGGACAAGAUAGACAAACAUUUUACAGGUAUUUACAGUUUAAAAUCGAUUAG